UGGAGGAAUGUAGUGCGCGGGUGAUUUCGGAGCAGCGCUCUCUUCUCGCGCCGCCAGUGGUCGUCGCUCCUGCUCUCACACUCGCUGCUCUUCAUCUCUCUGUCAUCGGGGAGAGAAAGAGGGGGAGUUCGCUGUUUCUUUCUCCCUGCCCCAGACCCUCCUCCUCCUCCUCCGGCAGUCCGUCCAUCUCAGCGCAUCGGCGGUGAGUUUAUGGGGAGAGUGGCCGCUCCCUGCAGCGGCCCCGGCAGGAUCGUGUCCUUUCUCACCGCAGUUCCGUGCUUAUCCUGCAAACAGCAGCAGCAGCGGCGGCGGCGGCGGCAGCGACAUCAUCAAUCUGCGGCAGUGGACUGGGGCAGGAGGAUGAGCGAGCAGGGCAAGAGUGCCGCGUCCACGCCAGCGAGCGGGACACCAGCCCCGGGUUCCGACACAUACAAAGGCUGGCUCUUUAAAUGGACUAACUACAUUAAAGGUUACCAGCGCAGAUGGUUCGUUCUCAGCAAUGGACUGCUGUCCUAUUACAGGACGCAGGCGGAGAUGGCCCAUACAUGUCGCGGCACCAUCAACCUGGCCACAGCGCACAUCGACACCGAAGACGCCUGCAAUAUUGUUCUGAGCAGCGGGGGGCGCACUUACCAUCUGAAAGCCAGCACAGAGGUGGAGAGGCAGAGAUGGGUCACAGCACUGGAGCUGGCCAAGGCCAAGGCCAUCCGAAUGAUGAACGAUCAGUCCGACAAUGGCCACACAGCCCAGCUAACACACUGUUAUCAGUCUGAUGACUCGGCGGACGAGGAGCCCACGACUCAGUCAGACCACAGUGAGAUCCAGGGCACUCUCAAGACUCUGGCCAGUAAGUUGGAUGACUUGAGCACAUGCAAUGACCUGAUAGCCAAGCAUGGGGCGGCGCUGCAGCGGUCUCUAAGUGAGCUCGAGACCUUACGUGUGCCUCUGGAGGGAGGAGAGAAAAUCAAGGCUGUCAAUGAGAGAGCCACCCUCUUUCGCAUCACCUCCAAUGCUAUGAUCAAUGCGUGCCGAGAUUUCUUGGACCUGGCAGAGAGCCACAGCCGCAGAUGGCAGCGAGUACUUCAGCAUGAGCGAGAGCAACGCACCCACCUGGAGGAGACCAUCGAGCAGCUAGCCAAGCAGCACAACAGCCUGGAACGAGCCUGGAGAGAGGCUCCUGCGCACGCCGUCAACACGCCCGAUACACCCACCACUGACACGGGAGUGAGUGAAAGGCCCCGGAAAGAGGAAGCGAGUGAUGAAGAUGAGGAUACAGAGUAUUUUGAUGCCAUGGAGGACUCCCCUGCCUUUAUAACAGUGACUGCCACAGACCCCUCUCAACACAGGCGUUCUCAGAAUAAUCUCAGUGGUGCUAGCGGAGGACAGCCCAGUGACUGGAACCAGGAAGACAAUUGUUCUGUGAGCAGUAAUGAUUUUUCAGGGAAAGAGUUGCAGCCUCACAGGAAGAGGCGGACCCAGAUCCCAGAGAAACCCAACUAUUCGCUCAAUCUGUGGAGCAUCAUGAAGAAUUGCAUUGGCAAAGAGCUCUCUAAGAUCCCAAUGCCUGUGAACUUCAACGAGCCCCUGUCCAUGCUGCAGCGCUUGACGGAGGAUCUGGAGUACUACGAGCUGCUGGAUAAGGCGGCGCGCUGUGAGAACUCUCUGGAGCAGAUGUGUCUGGUCGCAGCCUUCUCCGUCUCCUCGUACUCCACCACAGUGCAUCGGACGGCCAAGCCCUUCAACCCUCUGCUGGGAGAGACCUAUGAACUGGACCGCCUAGAAGAAUUCGGCUACCGUUCCCUCUGUGAACAGGUCAGUCAUCAUCCGCCAGCAGCCGCUCAUCAUGUGAUGUCACAGCGAGGCUGGACCCUGUGGCAGGAAAUCACCAUCGCUAGCAAGUUUCGUGGCAAAUACCUCUCCAUCAUGCCUCUGGGUGCGAUCCACCUGCAGUUUCACGCAAGUGGAAACCACUAUGUUUGGCGUAAAGUCACCUCCACCGUGCACAACAUCAUCGUGGGCAAACUGUGGAUUGAUCAGUCAGGAGAUAUUGAUAUAGUCAACCACAGGACCAAAGAGACCUGUCAGCUCAAGUUCUCUCCCUACAGUUACUUUUCAAGAGAAGUCCCACGAAAGGUCACAGGGGUGGUGAUGGAUAGUGAUGGCCAGGCCCACUACAUCCUGUCAGGCACAUGGGACGAUAAGAUGGAGAGUGCCAAGAUCGUGCAGAGUAGCAGAGGAAGCAGCAGCUCUGAGGGCAAACAGAAGACGGUCUAUCAGACUCUCGCACCCAAACUGCUGUGGAAGAAAUACCCUCUACCAGAGAAUGCUGAGAACAUGUAUCAUUUCUCCUCUCUGGCUUUGACCCUGAACGAGGAGGAGGAGGGUGUGUGUUUGACGGACAGCAGGCUGAGGCCGGACCAGCGGCUGAUGGAAGCGGGACGCUGGGACGAGGCCAACGCAGAGAAACAGAGGCUAGAGGAGAAGCAGAGAGCUACGAGGAGGAGGAGAGAAGCUGAGGCCUCUGAGGCCGUAGAUGAAGGACGAGACUUUGAGGGCUACAGGCCACUGUGGUUCCACCAGAGGACGGAUGAAUUGACAGGAGAGACUAUCUACGUUUAUAAGGGCGGUUACUGGGAGGCCAAAGAAAGACAGGACUGGAAUAUGUGUCCUGAGAUUUUCUGAACGCACAAAACACUUGACUAACUCUGCAGAUAGACAAAGACAAAAGGGGAAUAAACCCUCUACAUGGACUCAUCAGGGCCUUGGGUCUGCAGAGGUAGUGGAGACAGGUUGUCAACACCUGUGUGUGUGUGUGUGUGUGUGUGUGUGUUUGCGGCCCAAUGACAUAUAUAUAUAUUUGCCCGACUUAUAAACAGACUCUAAAAUGGGAGAAUGGAAAAAUGUUCUCUCUGUUGUUCACCUCAAAGACGAGUGUGUGAGAGAAUUGCGCAGUUGAACUCUUAUAGCCAAGUGCCGCCCCAGUUUAUCUUCCAAAGCAAAUCAGGUUCUUUUUAUUCAGACCAACCUUAUCACAAAUGCACUUUCCUCUAUUCCCAACAUCUCUUACCGUGAAGUACAAGGCACUGAGUCUUGUUUAUGAGUUCAUAUCAAUGACACUCCUCCCCCUCCUCUGCUGGCCAGGACAAAACAUGAAGAAACUUGCAUAUGAAGGAGAGGAGAAUCAACACAAUGCAACUGCAACAUUUAUGUGAAUUAUCUGAAUGUUCAGCUUGUGUACUACUCUACAUUUCUUAUCAACAAUACCAUAUUUGGGCAAAGGAAGUUCUUAUAUUUACAUAUCCCAGAGAAUAACAAAAGCCUGAUUGGGCUCUUUUAUUGAACACUCAGCUAAAGACUUUCUCCCUGGCUCCGCCCACUUUGCAUAGCUAAUGACAGAUAAGCUUCAUGUCAUGUCAUGUCAUGUCAGUUAGCCAAUGAGCUUCAGACAAGCAUUAAAAGAGCCCUUGAUUCUGUGCAGGUAAUCUGACAGAAAAGUUUUACAUCCAUGAAUUGUCAUGCACAUUAAUUAGCUGCUUCCUGCAUUGGUUCGGUGGAGCCCCCAGUGGUCAUUUCCAUGUUACUGUGACUGCCACAGUACAAUGCAUAGCAAUGCAAUUAUAUAUAUAUAUAUAUAUAUAUAUAUAUAUAUAUAUAUAUAUAUAUAUAUAUAUUUUUUUUUUUUUUUUUUUUUUUUUUUUUUUUUUUUUUUGUACAAUCAGGAUACUUAAUGAAUGAAUGAACAAUCAACCAAUAAAAUUAAACAAGUCACCAUGUUUGACUUUCUCAGAGGACAUAGCAAACAAUUAUCCAUCCACAGUACAAAGUGUGAUACUGAAAACACAAGCAAAGUGCUGGCUGACCUUGUUUUGUGUUUAUAAUAUGCUUGUGUUUAUUAGCAGUAGAGAUUUGAUUCAAAACAUGCCCAAGUGUUCCUGAAGAAGGGGACUGCUGUAUUUCACAUUGCAAUGUGGUGAUAGAGAAGGGAAGCACAUUGUAUAUUAUCAUCUUUUUGAACUGGUAAUUUCAGUAUCCCUGUAACACAAAAUUAAAUUUCAUAUUGAGGUUAUAAACCAUCAUUAGGACUCAGGAGUGACAAAUUUCAGUUUUGCAGAUAUUUCCAUUGCAAAGUUGUAAUAACUUAAGUUAGACUUGCAGAAUAAAAUCCUCAGUAUUUUUUUAAUGUUAAAAAAGUCUUCGGGACCUGAUAUCACUGGAGAUAAGGUCUCGCUUUAUUUCUGAUUGCUGUCAAGAAUGUAGAAUUAGGCUUCUUUGCACUCACGCCACCAUAUGUAUAUUGUGAUAACCAUAUUAUUAUUACUACUAUAAUUAUGAUGGAUACAAAAGUAAUGAUGCCAUGCCAUCCUAAUAAAUGCUGUGUUUUGGUAAAAAUCUGA